UGAUUUAAUAUCUUUUGGUUACUACAUGAUUCUGUAUGUGUUAUUAUAUAGUCUUCACCAUGUGUGUUAUGUCAAUGUCUUCACUGUUAUUUUACAAUGUAGAAAAUAGUAAAAAAUAAAGAAUCCUUAAAAUGACUAGGUGUAUCCAAACGUAUGACUGGUACUGUAUAUCGCAUUAUUUGACACUACAUUACAUUGUAUUUAAUUCAUUAUUAAGGAUGAAAGAACGUGCAACUGUUCUUCUGUAAAAAAAAAUCUACUGUUCUCAGCUGUUAGGAUGCAAUAUGUGGCCAUAGAUUACUGAGGGAUAAUACAUUUGGUUUGUAAUUGUGUAUGUGUCUCUUUCAGGCUGGGAAAACAUGCCUCCUUCAUUUUAUGGCCUCAGUCUAGAGGAUGAAACCAGGGAGUUCAACCAGAGGUGCCUCUAUGCAAAAAAUGGCCUCUGUCUGUUCAACUGCCUGCUAAUGAAGCGUAAUGAUACCCUGCGAGGCCUUUUCACAGAGCUCAACGACCUCGCCGAGAAGCCGGACAAAGUGCAAAAAACCAAAACCAUGGCUAUCGCAGGGGGCACCACGGACGCCAUGGGAGGGACGGUGGCCGUUGUGGGCAUUGUCCUCACCCACAUGACCAUGGGUUCCUCCCUCAUAGCCACAGCAAUUGGGCGGGCAUGGUGGCGUCGGGUAGCGGGAUAGGCAUCAAAGCGGCCAUGGGCAACAUCAAAAUCAACUCUGUGGACCGGAAGAGGCUGGAGGAGGUGGUGCAGAAGUACAAAGCCGAGAUAGCAGACUUGGAGUUGUGUCUUUGUUUCAUCCACAGUGGGAUGGCUGAGCUGAGGCAGUACAACUUCCACAGGCUCCAUCAUGCUGAUCCUGAGGCCCUGCGGAUAGCCAGGGUGCUGGAGGCAGCGCAUCCUGGGUGUAAUAAGUCCCAACAGUUGGGCAUGAAGUCUGAGAUGAUCCUAAAGGGUUUGCCAGAGACAUGGACCUGUAUUAUACUGACAAGGACAGCCAGAGGCUGAAAAGGGCUCUGAGACUAAGUUUGCAACCAGGACUGCACCAAGUGUGGCAGACUUUCUCUCUAGCAGCCAGUAGAUUUUGAGGUGUGUGUGUGCUGUCAUUAAUGCAGUAAAGGUCUGGCAAUGUUUUGGACACAUACAAGAUAUAGUUUUUUGGGGGGAGGCCGGAGGGAGGUGCUCAUUUUUGAAGUGGGUUGCCCUAUUGAAGCCUACAUGAAGCUACUGAAAUUUCAGCCCCCGUGAACAGUCUCGGUUAUCAGUGCAAACUUGCAGUGAUAAUAUUUGGGAGUCUCAGCCAUGUACAUAGGCUGACAGAUUGCUGGCCUGAACAGGACAAAGGCAAAGCAGCGGUACUGCUCUGUGUCCGCUGUUUGGGCAGCCAUGGUGCUUUCUGUAUCCAUAAGUCUCCAUAUAUCCAUGAACUUUGAAAUGUUUGAAUCCUCUCGACUGUAAUGUGAUAUGUAGAUUCAAAUAAAGUAUUUAAAAUGUGUGAAAUGUAUGAAUGUGAAAUGUUUUACUAUGCAGUGUGUACUGCUGAGAAUAUCCACAGGACAUUUUAUCUAUAUCCUAUUUGUGAAUUAUCUGAAUACUAAAAAGGACGUGCAAUAAACUUUAUUGAAAAGUU